AUGUUUUUUGGCAAUUCAGUACAAAUGAAUUUUACGUUUAUUCAAAUUUACUUUUGGGCUUUGCUUCUCAUUUCGUUCGUGUUUAUCGUGCGGUUUAUUUUUGCUGCUCUGCUCAAACCGCCUGGGCACACUCAGCCGAACCAACUAGAUUUUUGUUAAGCAUUUUGUAAUAUAACUCCUGCAAAAUGGUUUGCGUGCCCUGCUUCAUCGUCCCGCUGCUGCUCUACAUCUGGCACAAAUUCGUCCAGCCAAUUUUGCUGCGCUACUGGAAUCCCUGGGAGAAGAAAGAUGCGGAGGGCAACGUAAUCAAGGCCGGGCCAGAGUUCCCGUUCGAGUGCAAAGGCGGCGUCUGCCCCUUCGUACCCGGCGGCACGAAGCAGGAGCAAAAUGCGAACGGAGAUCGAAUUGCAGGCGGAGCUGAAACAGGAGCUACAACAGAAACAACAACAGCAACAGCAACAAAAACAACGACAACAGCAGCCACAACAACAAAAAUGGAGCAAUCGCCGUCUAGCACCCCAAUCGAAUCCAAGAAAAACAUAUAAGUUCCGAUAUAUGCGUUUCUGAUUCGUUAAACGGUAUUGCUACUUUUUUUUGUUUUUUCUUUUUUUUUUUUGCUUGCUUUGCUUUGCGUGCCUAUACUGUGUAUAAAAGCAUGCAACGAAUAUGAACAUAUGAUUACACACUGAUGGCACACAUAUUGAGCACGGUGCUCAUUCCACAUGAAGACUCAAAUCGGAACACAAUUUGGAUUCAGUCGCUGGAACCUGAUAUACAUAUAAAGACGAACAUGUUGAACUUAAUGAUUAACCACGGAACACACUAUUGAUUCAGACAAGCUGGUACAUUAUAUAUAUAUUUAUAUAUAUUUAUAUAUAUAUACAUAGACGAAGAUGUAGAAUUUAAGGAUUCAACACACGGAACACACACUUUUAAUUGAGCGCUCCUCAUAUAUGAUGUUGAACUGGUACAUGAUAUAUAUACAUAGAACUUAAGGAUUCAACACGGAAUAUACACUUUUGAUUCUAUCGCCGUUGGAAACUGAUUUAUAUACAGACGAUCAUGUUGAAUUUAAUGAUUCAACACGGAAUACACAUUUGAUUCAGACACGAUGGUACAUGAUAUAUAUAGAGGAUGAUUAAUUUAGGGAUUCAGCACGGAAUAUACACUUUUGAUUUAGAUGCUGCAAUCUAACUUAUAUGGACGAACAUAUAGGAUUUAAAACACACGCAUUUUUGGAUUCAUAAGCUGGAACACAAAAAUGUAUUUAGACGAAUUGAUAUAUAUAGAAGUACAUAUAUAGUGCCCACUAAACACACACUACAUAUAUAAUAAGCGUUACAAUUAUGCAAAUUGAUUGAUUGAUUGUUACUUGAACUGAAAUUUAAACUCUAAAACGACAAACAUUUGAUUAAUUUGUAGCACUAACUACAACACACUUGAAUUUGUUACGCUGCGAUUUCAACUUCACACAUAAUAAAAUGUAAUAAUACACAAAAUAAAAUGUCAAAUACACACAGAAAUAA